AUGGCUGAAGACAUCGGAAUCGAGCCGUGUUUUGACAUGGAAGACGUCAAACCACGCAAGGAGGCGUUGAAGAAAAUGAAAAAGCCCGAAAGGUCGGCGCCAGUGAAAUCCGACACGGAAAAUCCCGAAAAUUCGGAGAAACAGGAGGAAAAACCAGCUGGAGAGAUGUCAAAAACACAAAAACGAAAGCUAAAAAAAGCGGCGGCGAUUGAGCGAAAAGAGAAAGGCGAAGCCAUCAUCAAAAAGGACGUCGAGGAUGGAAAGAUUACUGUAGACGAGGCACACACACUCUACAGAGUUUAUAAUCGAAAUUUGCGUAUUAAGCGUCUCCGUGACAAAUUGAACAAAACGCUGGGCGAAGGUGCUCCACUGGAAGCUGUAAAGCAGAAAAUCAAUGAUUGGCGGGCGGCGGGAAAAGUGACGGCGACGGAUGCAAUGGUGUUGGUGAAGAGAUGGAAAACGAGAGAAACGAGACGAAUCGGGCGGCAGGAUCAGAAGAUUACCGGUGCCGCUUGCUUCCAUUGCCGAGAGCCGGGACAUCGUCUCGUCGAUUGCCCGAAACGAAACGAUUCUCAAUCCGACGGCGUCUGUUUUAAGUGUGGAUCCAUGGAGCACUCGAUUCAUCAGUGCAAGAAGAAGGGCGUUAAAGGAUUCCCCUACGCGACAUGCUUCGUUUGCAAACAAAUCGGCCACAUCUCCCGCGAUUGUCAUCAGAACUUGAAUGGAGUCUAUCCGGACGGCGGCGCGUGUAAUGUGUGUGGAGCGACGAAUCAUUUGAAGCGAGACUGUCCGGAAUUGGCGGCACAGAAGGCUGGAGGAGCUUUUAAUCAGAAGAAACAUUUCACCGCUCGUGCCGCUUCGAAUUGGGCCAGCCAAUCGGCAGACGCCGAUUACGAUCCGACGGAAAAUUCUGGAAAUUCUGGAGCCCAAAACGGAGGAAACGAUGGAUUCAAGAAAGCAGCAGCGACAGCAACCAAGAAAACUGCUAAACACAUCAAAUUUUAA